AUGCACGUACUCGAUUGUUAUUGUUUUAGCAUUUCAAUUCAAUUUCCGGAGGGACAACUCACCUCAGUCAUGGGCACCGUGGGAUCGGGAAAAUCUAGCUUAUUACAUGCACUUCUAGGUGAUAUGGAGGUGUUCAACGGUCGAGUCAAUAUUAACGGAACCGUGGCAUAUGUACCCCAAGAACCGUGGAUCUUCAACGCAACACUUCGAGAGAACAUUUUGUUUUCACAUCCCUAUGACCGCGCUCGCUACGAUAAAGUGAUUGCUGCAUGUGGUCUCGCACCAGAUUUACUGAUUUUGCCGAAAGGAGAUUUAACGGAAAUCGGGGACAAAGGCGUCAAUCUAUCCGGUGGUCAAAAGCAGCGUGUCAGUUUGGCGCGAGCAUGCUAUUCAAAUGCUGAUAUCUAUCUACUGGAUGAUCCGCUCUCAGCAGUUGAUGCGCAUGUGGGUUUGCAUUUGCUGAAUCAUGUACUAAGUCGCACAACUGGUUUGCUCGCUUCAAAAACGGUCAUCCUCACUACUCACAGUUCCAAAGCUUUGCCAUUCUCCGAUCGCGUAGCUCUAAUUGUGGACGGCCAAAUAAGCGAGCUUGGCACCUAUCGCCAACUACUGAAUUCGCGCACCAGCCGCCUACCGGAAUUUCUGGUCGAUACAAUUCUAACCAAUCAGUACGAAAGGUCAGAGAAAAUUACGGAUACCGAUUCACACGACGAGAAAAACAAUAGUGCCGUGGUUGAACGUAUGAAAUCAUUUACCGAAGCGAGGACACUGAUCAAGGAUGGGGCGGAAAAAAAGUUUGACUCUGUACGAGCUUUAUCGAGUCGUCGUUCAUCUGGCGUCCACUCAGAGCGCACACGUACACAGUCGAUUCGUAGCGACGCAUCGUCUACCGGCCAGUUCAGUCAUCACACAGGAACAAUCCCCGAUCAGAAUCCUUUGCCAUCUCCAGAUUUGCUUUCGAGUAAAGAAGCCCCGGCUUUAUUUGACUCUUGUUUGUCACUGAACGAUGCACAAAUCAAUCAGAACGCAAUGGGCGAAAAGGAAUCAAAUGAAAAUCAGGACACCUCAAACCAGAUGAUACAACCAGAAAAAGCCUACACCGGUCGAGUUAAAUGGAAUGUUUUCAAAAUUUAUCUACGGAACGUGGGUAUCUUCUACUGCAUACUUAUUCUCACAACGUAUCCGUUGACCAAUUUGGCACUUUUUGGUACCAGCUUAUGGCUAGCUGAUUGGUCUGGAGAUGCCAAAAAUCAGGAGAAUAUAACAACUGUCUUAAGAGAACACCCGGAGGUCUUGUAUAACUUGAGUGCAUAUCCCGAAUUGGAAAGAGAUUUGAAUGACCUGCGCAAUCAACGGAACUAUAGACUUGGCGUGUACGCUGCUCUUGGCUUCAUUCAUUGUAAGUUCUUUCGGUGUCAUUAUCGUGCUUAUUGUGUUUAUUUCUAUCAAUCAUUGGAUUAUUUGAUUGUACACUAUCAACGUGCUGUCUUUUCUCUUGGGCACCACAUCGAGUUUCGGUGA